AUGAGUCGAGAUCAACUAGAAAACAAAACUGAACUUAGUACUAUUUCAACAAAAAUGAAUUCAAGAGAAAUGCCUUUUGCCUAUUCAUUGAAUGUUGAAACACCCAGUCAACUUGUUGAUAUCAUGAGAGAUCAAGGAGUCUAUUUACCAAUGAACAUUGGUGUCAAACAAAUGGCAGAAAUACGUUUUGUCAUAUUAACACGUCGUUUACGUCAAAUACCAUUUGAUAUAAUAAAAAUCGAUGACUGUUGGUUUAUUGAUAAAGUUUUUCAUCGGGAAUUGAACAACUAUUUGAAACAAGGAGAUCGAAUUCUUAUUAUUAAUAAAACAAUGAUUUCUCAUCAACUCGAAGAAAUAGAUAUUUUCAAAUUAAUUCUACACUCAUCGAUUCCAUUUGUUUUAUGGGUUACUUGGGAUAUAGAUACAUUUUUGAAUUAUCAAAAACUAUUUCGACAGCACGAAAAUGAAAAAGCAUAUAUUGAUGCAAAAGCCUAUUUACUUCAAACAAAUCAUUAUAGUGAUAUUAGUUUAUACGAUCAUCUUGCAUGUGUUAUUACUCAUGCUAUUCAAAGUCAACAAGAUAAUAUGAAUGAUCUCUUGGAAAACCUAAAUCAAACUGUACAAUAUCAAAUAUUAGAAUCAAAUUUACGUCCAGUUAAAGAUAAUACUAAAUUAACAAUGUUGAAAAUACAUGCACAAUUACUUGAAGGAAAAGAACGAGAUUUAAUUAAAUCGAAAGAUUACAUAAUCACAGCUGUUCCGAAUCUAAUGGAGAUGGCUUAUUUUUGUUCAACCGCUGGUUAUGGUAUUCAUACGACAGAGAUGAUAUUAAUUGGGUCAGCUAUGAAACGUUUAAAUAGUGAAAUUAAUUGUAUAGAAAUGAAAUUUUGGGGGAAAAUAUUUGGACUUCAUUGUGAUUAUUAUAUUAUUCAAGUUCAACAUGAAAAAGAGAUGAAAUUUGAUGAAAUUGAUAUUAUUAAUCGAUCGAAACAUUCUAAUUAUCGAAUAGAAGCAAAGACCAAUCAAGAUCAAAAUGUACAAUUGGAAGUUCCAAGUGAACCACAUGGAAUAGGCACUAAUCAAUAUACUUAUUUUGUAACGAAUUCUCCAGGACUUGCAUGGACAAAGCUAUCUGAUGUUAAACCGUCUAUGAUAGAUCAUGCAAGAAAAAUUCGAUGUUUAUUUACUGGAUGUCUUUCAACAAAAGUCGAGGAUUUUCCACCCUAUCCUGGAUUAGAACGAGAUUAUUUACGAGCACAAAUUGCACGUAUCACAGCUACAACACAUAUUUCACCAGCCGGAUUUUAUAUCUUGACUGAUAAUAAUGACGAAGAAGAAGCCGAAGAAAUGACGUUUAAUAACGAACGAAAAGAUCCUAAUAUAAUACUCAACCCUGAAUUCAACAAUGAUCCAACAAAUCCAAUUACAGUUGAACAAUUAGUUGAUAAAGAUUUACAAGAAUGGGUACAUUCACUACCUGAAAUUCUAUCACAAGGACGUACUCGGUUUUGGCGUCCACCUUCUACAUUAGCAACACAUUUUAGCAAAGAAGGAGGAGAAGAAGAAGAAGAAGGAGGAGAAGAAGAAGAAGAAGAAGAAGGGAACGAUGACAAUGAAGAAACAUUAGAUAGAAAUAGUGUUGAAAUACCUGCACCACUUUUACAACCAAUUGGCGACGAUAAAAACUUGCAUACGAGUCAAAUUUCAUGGUCAAUCGGUUUAACAAUGUCGAUCAUGCAUGAAUAUAGUUUGUGUUAUGUACGAUCAAAUGUGUGGCCAGGAGCUUUUACGCUUGGGCAUGCUGGAAACUUUUUCAAUUUGUAUGUAGGUUGGGGACAGAAAUAUGAACAAUUUAGUCCAUCUCAAACUUCCCUGCCAAAAGUUGAAUUCGCCAAAGAAUUCAUAGAAAAAAAUGACCCAACUGUGGAAGUUGAAAAUGCCAUCGAGCAAGCACAGCGUGAAACUGCUUCAGAAUCGAUGUCGGACGAGUAUAUGAGUGCAGACGACGAUAGUGGCGAAGAAAUGUUGACUGGUGAAGAUGAUUAG